GUCCACACGGAAUGGCCAUUGCAUUGGGGCUACUUGGGCAACCUGGUGCAGGUAAGACCUCGCUCGCCAGAUCCGUCGCUAUGGCACUGUCUCGGUAUCAUAUUCGACGGGUUGGAAAGACGGGCGAGGUCGUGUUCCGGCCAGACAUUUUCGACGACGGGAGCUUGUGUGAACAGCCCUUCAAAAAGGUUAAAGCCUUCACCGAUGUAGGAAACAUUGAAAGCAUGUCGAAGGAGCGCUGGGGGGCAGCCAAAUGGGUUAGGGGACAACCACGGUUGUAUUGUGUCAAUGACUUUGAGCCGGAAACGGAGCCCGCCAAUGACCUCCCCAUCCUAGCCCAACGACAAGGUGUUAUCUCCUAUGUCUCCCACAAAGAGUUUAUGGACAUGCUCGACAAAGCUUGGUAUGAAAAGGAGAAAACCUCGGCGAAUGUCCUCGCAGUCUUAAAGCGCACUCACAUCCUGUUGAACACGAAAAGCUCGCUAUAUGUUCGUCCAGCCAGUGAAAAGGAAUCCCCCGUCCUCCGCAUGCCCUUCGGCGACAAGUCCGACUUGCUUCAUCUCGAAUCGCGCCCGGUGUACGACUACCACCGUAAGGGUGGCACCGACAUGCCAAAGGACUUCCAGAAGAAGGUUGAGUGGGAAACAUCUUGGGUUGAGAAGGUCAUGGCGGGUGACUUUGACAACUUGCCAUACAGAGCAACUAUAAUCUCAAAAAGUUCAUUCGUGGAGCCAUCGCGCCCCAGCAAGAGGGAGUCAGCAACGGACAUCCAGGAGAUUCUCCGCAACAACCUUGGCAGCUCGUCCAUUCUCGAUUGCCAUGCCGGUACGCAUUCCCAUGAAGCCGCAGGGAGCGAUUUGAAGAGGGUCAAGGAGGAGUUAGAAUACUACUACGCACAGGAAGAGAACGCGAACAAGGAGGAUUGUACCCUGACGAAGCUCGCCUUCAUCAAGUCUCGGCAAAUGUGGGCCCACAGAUGUAGAGUGAAAGCCUGUCAACGGUUUGUUCAACCAGCCGACUUCCAUCCCAUCUUUGUUUCAGGGGCGGGUAGCAGUAAGACUUCCUUGCAGAAGCAGGCAUCCGUCUUGUUGUGUGCAGUCGCAUCGGUUCCACAACAUUGCGUCUCCAAAAUCCUUGAUGUCGAUGACAAGAUUGUCUCCCGCGUGUACACCAAUGUCGACAUGGCUCGGGCGCGGUUCGUCAUGGCACAUGAGAAAUACAUUCAGUAUGGUGGAGGGCCUGAUUGGGUGGAUGUUGAAGCCGACGAGGUUGAUCUGGGUAAAGCAGUUGUCGACAACAACAAGGUGAAAUGGGAACAAUGGUGUGGGAUCGUUCAACGGGGUUCACCCAAAACACUUCGCCUUGUCCAGCUUCAGCCGCCUCUUACAAAGACCAGGUCUCCCGGCCCCGGCCCAAUCCGGAAGAAGGAUUGGAAGCCGAUCGCAGAAAAGCUUUUGGCAGGCAGACACAUCGUGCUCCACACCGACGGUGCCCGAGCUUACAAGCUCAAACUCGAUAAGGUAGCCCAUUGCAAUGUCGUUCACAAGAAAAAGAAAAUCAAGAUUGGCAACAAGGUGAUGUGGGUGAAGCCGCAUUUCACAAAGGUAUAUCAGUUGUCCAUCCCCGGUGGCAAGACGUUGCGUGUGAAGAGUGGGACACAAAUCAUCGAUCGGUGCUGGAGGCAUUUGAGAGAGCAUAUCAAAAACUCACCUCGUAGCCCAGGCAACACCGUUCUCAUGCGCAAGAUUCGCAGUGCACAGUGGGUGUAUUGGCAGAAGGGCAAGAGCUUGUGGACGGCGACCGGGGAGAUGCUGAAGUACCUGUGCCGGUGA